GGGAAUUCGACGGCCGUCGCCGCUUCUUCUCGAGAUGAAGAACCCGACCGGCAGUGUCCCAUCUGCCUGGGGGAGAUCCAGAAGAUGAAAACGUUGGAGAAAUGCCGACAUUCCUUCUGCGAGGACUGCAUCACCCGGGCGCUGCAGGUGAAGACGGCGUGUCCCAUGUGCGGUCGUUUCUACGGGCAACUGGUGGGCAACCAGCCCCCCAACGGCCGCAUGCUGGUCACCCGCGACGCCGGUCUCCUCCUGCCCGGCUACGAAAAGUUCGGCACCAUCAUCAUCCAGUACGUCUUCCCGCCCGGCGUCCAAGGG